AUGGCUCUUCUAAGAAACAAUGCUGAAUUAUUUCCAGAGAGAAGAGUCAUCAUUGAUGCAGCUUUAAAUUCUAUUGCUAAAACUGAUCAUGGCUCUAAAAUUGUACGCCGUGGUAGUAGAAGGUUCAGUAGGAUCACUAAACAAAGACUUUUGCGCUGGAUUUUCCUCCUCCUGGCACUCUUUUCCAUUUUCUUAACUGUUUAUGGACUGAAAAAGUUUUUACAAGCUAAAAUCGAAUCCAGAUUCUCAACUCCAAUUUAUCUUGAGGGAGAGCUUCACCUAGAAGAGACUAGUUUCUUAAACAACUAUGGAAGGCCACCUAAAAGCAAGCGUCGGAAGCAUUUUCCUUGUGAAGUUGGACUUCGGCAAUCAGUAGAUGGCCUUAUUGAACCCAAAGAUUAUAUGAACUUCACAUGGGUUUCUCAAGAUUAUGUUAUCCGUGAAGAAAAAACAUCAGAAAAUGAUUUAUUUGAACCUCGAUUUGGAGGGCAUGCAACUCUAGAGGAAAGAGAAGAGUCAUUUUAUGUGAAAAACCAGACAAUUCACUGUGGUUUUGUCAAGGGACCGCCAGGAUAUCCAAGCACUGGAUUUGAUUUAGAUGAAAAUGAUAGAGCAUACAUGUCCAGCUGUAAGGUUGCAGUUUCUUCAUGCAUUUUCGGAAGCUCUGAUUUUAUUCGGAGGCCUACAAGUAAACUGAUCAGUCAAUAUUCAAAGGACAAUGUUUGUUUUGUUAUGUUCAUGGAUGAUCAAACACUGUCCAAACUUUUGUCAGAAGGAAACCAUCCUGAUGAAAGAGGUUACAUUGGCUUGUGGAAAGUAGUUAUUGUAAACAGCUUACCAUAUGACGACAUGCGUAGAACCGGCAAGGUGCCAAAAUUCUUAUCACACCGUCUCUUCCCAAAUUCUCGGUAUUCAAUUUGGCUCGACAGCAAGAUGCGACUCACAUCUGACCCUAUGCUGAUUAUUGAAUAUUUUUUGUGGCGAACGAAGGCCGAAUAUGCCAUUUCGAAUCAUUAUGAUCGUCACAGUGUCUGGGAAGAGGUACUCCAAAAUAAGCGCUUAAAUAAAUACAACCACACAGCAAUUGAUGAACAGUUUAGCUUUUACGAGUCUGAUGGCCUCCCCAGGUUUGAACCAUCAAACGAUAAUCCUCUUCCAAGCUAUGUUCCCGAGGGUUCCUUUAUAGUUAGGGCGCAUACACCAAUGUCAAAUUUAUUUUCCUGUCUUUGGUUUAAUGAAGUUGAUAGAUUUACAUCCCGUGAUCAACUAAGCUUUGCUUAUACAUAUUUGAAGCUCAGGAGAAUGAAUCCAGAUAAACCAUUUCAUCUAUAUAUGUUCAAGGAUUGUGAACGUAGAGCAUUGCUGAAGCUAUUCCGGCACAGGACAUUUCCAUCUCCACCAGGGACUGCUUGA